AAUGCAUUGCGCGGCAGUAAAAAUUUUCUCGUCAUCUCUAUAACCCUUCGUGGACUUACAAAUAUAUCCUUGCGUAAGGGCUUUCUAUAAAGCGCCCGAGGUUUCGUCAGACAGCUAUUGUUACAUUUAUUGCAAGGAGAGCUGUUUAUAAUGGCUGAUUUAAUGGCUUUUGUCGUCGAGCGUCCAGAGGAAGGGAAAGUUGACAGCGAGGAAAAAGUUGAGGAACCCGAAACGUUUCCUGACAGCACUGAACCAGAAGAGGAGCCAGAACCGGUUAGUUCCACUUCAAACAUCGACCUACUAAUGGACGAAACAGCUCAGCCUGCACAGCCCCAGCCAAGCCCAACUAUUAUCGAAUCUCCGCCGGCAGAAGAAUCGAGUAAAGAUGUAUCGGACUCGGAGGAAAAGCCCGUUCAGCCCGAGCCAUCCUCCGAAACCAUGGCACCAUCUUCGCACCAACUGACAAGCUUUCCAGCUCGAUGGAUGAAAAACCAUGGGAUCGACCAAAGGAUUAUCGACCUGGUGUAUUGGCAGGAGAUAAAAAAGACAGCCAUUGUGUUCUCGACACUUCUAGUUGUGCUCAUCUCUCUUAGCUGCUGCUCCCUCCUCAGCGUUAUCACCUUCUUCUCGAUGGCUGUCCUGACGGUCGCUCUGCUCUACAGGGUGGGCAUGACCGUUAUGGGUGCCAUACAGAAGAGUGGCACUGAAAACCCAUUCAAGACCUUAUUGGACAAAGAAAUUGAGAUCCCCAAAGAAAAGGCUGUAGAGAUGGCUGAAAGUCUUGCAGAACACAUUAACUGUUUGACGAAAUCUCUCAGAAGACUCUUCCUGGUUGAAGACAUUGUGGACUCUAUCAAGUUUGGCGUGAUGCUGUGGGUGUUGUCUUAUGUUGGUGCUUGGUUUAGUAUGCUGACUCUGAUCAUCUUUGCCGUUGUGAUGGUAUUUUCUCUGCCCAAGGUCUAUGAGGAGUAUCAGGACAAGAUUGAUGAGCAUGUCAAAGUUAUCCACAGCCAAGUUAGCACCAUCAUUGAACAGGCAAAGUCCAAGCUCCCAGAGAAGCUCAGACCAAAAGAGAAGACAACUUAGAAUGAUUGACAGCUCUAGUGUUGCCAUGCCAACCUGUACAACUUGGUACUGCUGUGUUGAAUGAUUCCAGUGCAGAUGCGCGAUAUUCUGCUGCUUGCACUGCACUGGGUGCAGUAUCUGCAUUGGGUCGUGAUUAGCAGAAGUUUUCUGAUUAUUUAAAGGCAGGAAGCCAUUUGAGGACAUUGUGUUGUCAGUUUUAUGAGUAGGACAGAAACUUGAUGGAAAUAUUUGAACACCUAAAAGAUCACUGUACAGUUUAGCAUAUCUAGAUGUGAAUUGGUCUUUCAUUAGCUAAGGAAAACAUGCUUUCUUUUUUGUCAAGUAAAUUGCAAAAAAAGAUAAAGAAUUGUUUUGUCGUUCUUUUCUUAUACUCAUUUAUUUCAGGUUUGUUGACAUAAACAUGUGUAUCUAGAAACAGUUAAAACAUAUUCAGGUUCUGUAUGAAGGUUCUUAACAAAAUGCUGUUGAAACCAUUUGCAGAAUACAGGCUAGCGAUGUAUGACAAUAUAGUAUAGCUACUCAGUGAUUAUCUGAAAUAAAAAAAAUACAAUGAA